AUUUUACGACUCUCCGAAAGGGGAAAGAGCAUAAAGAGAAAUAAUAAAACAAUUUAGCUUCCAACUCUUAUCUCUCUCUCUGCGAUCUAUGCCUGAAGUGGAACUAGUUAACAACAACGAGAAGCCAUCUGAGAUUAACAGGUUCCAUCACAUGAUCAUCACUAGUAGUAAAAAUGGGUUGAAAAUGGAUACAGCUGAUGUGAGCAAGAAGAGGAAAUUUCAGACAGAUCAAUCUGAGUUAUCAUUAUUACCUCUUUCCAAGCACGUUUGCUUCGCCAAUAAUGUUGCUUGUUCUGAAAAUACCAAUGGUGGCUCGGAGAUUGAUACAGAGUAUUCGAUGUCCUAUGUGAACUCAACAACUUCUAUGGAAUGUAACAAUGAUGAGGUUGAGAUGAAAGAGGAAUCAUCUGGAUCGUGCAGGGGUGAAGACACGAUGACCUGUUUAGAAAGCCAUCUUGAUUUCAUCUAUGGGACUCAGAAACUAGAGGAUUACUCAGAGAAAGAUAUUGAUAACCUUCUCUAUCUCGAUGAUGAAAGAGAAGAAGAAGAAGCUAAGGGAUGUAGUAAUGCUGCUAAGUUUGUUCUGUCCUCAGGGAGAUGGCCUGUUAACCAAGAAGAUUCUACUCUACAUGACACAAAGAAGCCUACAAUUGAUCAAGAAUUUGAACAAUAUUUCUCAACGCUAAUGUUGUGACGAAAUAAUGUUAUAAGACUCCAAAAAUAUAUAUGAGGAUGUACAUAGAGAGCUGUACUCAUUCUGUUUUGAUUCUUGUCAAACCUUAAAACGUUAAACUCAAAACUGAUUAGAGAGCUUCUUUGAAAUAAUGUUUGUAAACAGGUUACAGAUAAAUAAAUUAAAGCAACAAACAAUUUUUUGCA